CACACAGAACUCACAUGUUGAAACAUGAUUUGUUGUCACAAAGAACGUUGAAAAAUAAAUAAUUAUAAUAAUUUUGAUUUUGAUUUUGAUCUAUUCGAAUUUUAUGAAAUUUCUUAAAAUUUAAAGUUUCCAUUUUAUAUUUUAUUCUUUGUUAAGAUUUAUAUUUCAGUUAACAAUCUAAAUCUUGAUGAUUAGAUUAGUCACUAAUUCACUCUGUAAAUUAGCAGUUAACAAAGAGUUGUCAAUUCGAUAUUCCUUUCAUACUCACCGGAAAUUAUUGUUGUCCUCGUCUGCUCUAAUUAGUGGUAAUUUACGCGAUCGUGUUUAUGGUCUGGCAGCUGUACCGUUUCAAAAUGAAUUUGUAAGAAAUAUAAUUCAACUUCGAGGUGAUUUUGUACGAUAUUCGUCGACUGGAGGACAAGCAAAAGAAGAUACUUGUGAAGGGUUCCCUCAUCAACAAGACCCAGACGAAGGACCUUCAUUGCCAGAAAGCGUCGACGUUGACCAAAACGUUAUAAUGAAAGUUCUAAAUGUGGCCGAAAAGAACGAUGCUGCCAAACGUAUUGCGGGGCUAUUAUCGUCAGGACGAGCUCAAAUGAGAAACACAUAUUCAAAGUAUAACAAAAUAUACGCAUUUCCACAUAAUUUUCGAGGGCGAAAUUGCGAAAUAAUAAUGACAUCCGUGUCCGGACAUCUUCUCGGGUAUGAUUUCGACGAUCGGUUUAGGAAAUGGCAUUCCUGCGACCCAGUUGAACUAUUUGACGCUCCUGUUGUAAAAAGUUGUGGGAAGGACUUUAAAGAUAUUCUGAGAACACUGGAGGAACAAGCUCGACAAUGCAACGUUCUCGUUAUAUGGACCGAUUGUGAUAGAGAAGGAGAAGGGAUAGGUUUCGAAAUUAUUGACGUGUGCGUAGCAAAGAAUCCUCGGCUGGAAGUUUUUCGCGCAAAGUUUUCCGAAAUUACGCCAACCUCAAUCAACCGAGCUUGGGCAUCAUUGGGUCCUCCCAAUAAACAAAUGAGUGAUGCUGUGGAUGUCCGUUCCGAACUAGAUUUAAGAAUCGGUGCUGCCUUCACGAGAUUUCAAACGUUGAGGUUGCAAAGAAGGUUUCCAGCUUUGGCCGAACGUCUCGUUAGUUAUGGUUCUUGCCAGUUUCCAACCCUGGGUUUUGUCGUGGAAAGAUAUAAAGCCAUUCAAGACUUCGUCCAGGAGGAUUUCUGGAAAAUCGAAGUUACUCACCAGAUUGACGGCUGCUCAGUAGAUUUUAAUUGGGCAAGAGUUAAACUCUUUAAUAAAUUAGCUGUUCAAAUUUUGUACGAAAAGUGCAUGGAUAAUCCAAAUGCUAAAGUUAUCAGAGUUCAAAGUAAACCAAAGCAUAAAUGGAGACCUGUAGCACUGGACACUGUGGAGUUUGAAAAAUUGGCAUCCAGAAAAUUAAGAAUAAGUGCGAAAGAAGCAAUGAAAAUAGCUGAAAAAUUGUACACUCAAGGUAUCAUUAGUUAUCCGAGGACAGAAACAAAUAUUUUUCCGGAAGGUCUUGAUUUGAGACCAUUAGUGAAUGAGCAGACGGCAAGUAAUCAAUGGGGAGGGUUUGCACAAAGAGUGGUUCAAGAGGGACCAAAUCCAAGGAAUGGUAAGAAGACAGAUCAAGCCCAUCCCCCGAUUCACCCUACAAAAUUUGAUGCCACACUUCAAGGGCCUGAAGCAAAAAUUUACGAGCUAAUAGUACGUCACUUCUUAGCUUGUUGCUCAAAGGAUGCAGAAGGCCGUGAAACCACUGUUGAAAUUGAAAUAGCGGAGGAGAGAUUUGUUGGACAUGGACUCCAAGUCCUGCACCGAAACUACUUGGAAGUUUAUAUUUACGAAAAGUGGACAGAUAAAGAACUACCGCAUUUCCAAGAGGGUGAAAUUUUCCGACCUACACGAAUUGAAAUGGUAGAAAGCCAAACAUCGCCCCCAAACCUCUUGACUGAAGCAGAUCUCAUCGCGUUAAUGGAGAAACAUGGCAUCGGAACUGAUGCGACUCAUGCUGAACAUAUUGAAACAAUAAAACAACGUAUGUACGUGGGGGUUCAAGAAGGAAAAUUCGUUCCUGGACAAUUGGGCAUGGGUCUCGUAGAGGGUUAUGAUUCCAUGGGAUUUGAAAUGUCUAAACCAAAUCUUAGAGCUGAGCUAGAAGCCGAUCUUAAAGGAAUUUGCGAUGGAACAAAGAAUCCUCAGAGAGUGCUCAGGGACCAAGUUCAAAAAUAUAAGCAGGUUUUUAUCGCCGCCACAGAUCAAGUACGACAAUUGGAUGCAGCAGUUUCAAAAUUCUUGGGAGCAGCACCUGGUAAUGCUCCUCCUCCGGGAAAUGGCCCACCAAGACAGCCCCCUCCACCUGCACCAAGACGCGGUGGUGGUGGUGGAGCUAAUUCAGACGACGACGACGACGACGAUCCACCAGGACCAGGAGGAGGUCGUGGGCGAGGAGCUGGCCCUCGAGGUGGUGGAUCUGGUGCUGUAGGUGGAGGAAGCAAUAACUUCAACAGGCCAACUGCUCCGCAAGGACGAGGAGGGACCAAUGGUUAUCCUCAACCUCCCACUCGUCCCAAAGUUACCUUACCAGUUCCAUCCAACAGUAGACCACCCCCAGUGGUUGGAAAUAGUUCAUCUAACAAUUUUUCAUCUAAUUCCAUAGUGGUGGUGAAAUGUGACUGUGAAAUACCAAAAGUGCUUCAAAUGAAAUCCGUUCAAAAUGCACGAGUCACAAGAACAUUUUGGACAUGUGACGAUUGUGGAUUUUACCGGAAAGGGGAUGAAACGAAAAACCCCGAGCCUGAUACAUCGUAUUCAACUCAGAGUAGCUCUAAUUAUAAUAACUAUAAUAGUAGUAAUUCUUGGUCUUCCACGCAAAGAGGAGGUCCUGUCCAGCAAACUAACCGAUUCCAAUCUCAGAAUACCACACAGCGUCCCACACCUAGUUGGUCCACCCAAGGUGAUGAAAAUGAGGACGAUACAGGAAUUCCUUCUUGCAACUGUGGGGAACCAACAUUGUCUCGAACCGUAAGGAAAGAAGGUCCCAACAUCGGGAGGCUAUUUUUUGCAUGUCGCAAAGCAAUGGACGACCCUGCCAAGUGCAACUUUUUCAAAUGGGAUGACGAAGGAAUUGGCGCAGUCAAAAAACCGAACAAUCGUGCCCCACAGAAGGAUUAUCAAUACCAAGGCGGCUCGUCAAAAUUUCCCACAACGAAAUCGGCAAAACGAGGAACGGGAGGAAAUUAUAAAGGAAAAGGAGUUGGCGGACCUCGUAAAUGCAGCGUUUGUAAAGAAGUCGGCCACACGAAACGUAAUUGUCCCGUUGCCACCAUGGCUAGUGGUAAUAUGACGGAUGAAGAAAUGAAUGACUAUUAGAUGAGUUUCUUUUUGGUGUUCGCCACGCAAAGCUACACAUUAUAUGUACAAGCGUAUUUCUAGUCUUAAACUUUUGCAUUCAACAAUAAUCGUUAUUAACAAACAAUGCAAACAUUUUGUAUGCAUUAUCCGAUAUGUAAAAUAAGAAGUUUCAAAUACUUUUAUAAACUGUUUUAACCAUGUCUUAAAAAUGA